GACUCGGAUCUCCCCAAGCUCUGGGGUCUCACCUGGAGAAGUCCUUCAGUUCAGAUGUACCACACCCAGCCCAAUGCGCAUCUCUGUAGCCUUCAGUUUAUAUAAAACUGGGACAUUAAUAAAGAAGCAAACUGCAGAGUCCACAGCAACAUUUUCGCUGACUGUAGAUGCCUCACAUCAGGGUCAGUACACCUGUGACUACUCAUACAGGGAAAGUAACUCCAUAUCACCCAGGAGCAGCUCCAUUCCCAUCACUGUGGUGAACUUGCAGCAGCCCAAUAUCUCCUUCCAUGCUGAUGAUGAAGGCUUCCAUCGGGGGUUAAACAGAUGGUUCCAUAGGGAGUCUGAUGGACCAGAAGUGACAAAGGGCUAUGGCUUCUCCAUCAUCUGCUCCACUGAACCUCAGUAUCCAGGAGGUUCCUUCCACUUGGAGUUCAGUGAAUCCAACAUCACCUGGACUCAGACAUCUGUUAACCACUCAGCCGUCUUCCUUUUUCCUGAAUCAGAUUUUGUCCAUCAGGGAAAUUACAGCUGUACUUAUGAAGUGAACGUGUCUACACGCAUCUUUACCUCCACUGCCACUGAACCCUUGGUCAUUGUUGUGAAAGCAUCUCUGGCUCCCUACAUUGGUGUUGGAGUGACGGCAGGAUUGCUUCUCAUCUUAGUUCCAGUCAUCAUUUGCUUUGUAAAGACACAGAAAGGAUGGAAAUUUCAGCUGGAUAAGAAGAAGGAUUCACAGCGGCCCAAAAACACAUACGAGAGUCCCCAAGGAGAGAUUGAGAUGGAUGAUGGUGUUUAUGAAACCACUUUCUACCGGAAGGAAGAUUCAGAGGAUUCGGAUAAUGACUACCACAAUGUUGAUGCUGAUGAACAAAGAAUGGACAUGAACAAUGACUAUGAGGAUGAAGAGGAUUCAGAUAAUGACUACCUCAAUGUUGAUGCUGAUGAACAAAGAAUGGACAUGAACAAUGACUAUGAGGAUGAAGAGGAUUCAGAUAAUGACUACCUCAAUGUUGAUGCUGAUGAACAAAGAAUGGACAUGAACAAUGACUAUGAGGAUGAAGAGGACUCGGAUAAUGACUACCUCAAUGUUGAUGCUGAUGAGCAUAGAAGUAACGUGGACAAUGACUAUGAGGAUGAAGAAAUUUAUGCAAACUGUGUAGCAUAGUGUGAAGAACUAAAAAAUUGUCCAAUAUUCACAGUCCAGAAACAAUAACAUGGUUAAAUGAGGUAAUUUUCCAUCGUUAAGAUAUCAUUAUUGUUAAUUAUACAUGGUUUAAAUUACACACACUUCAGAAUCAGUUUGUUCUUUACUCAUUAAUCUUUUCAGAUGUAACAAGAUUAAAAACUUUUAAUUUAAUUUUCUUACCGGUUUCAUACACAUUUAUGUUACGACUCCUUAACAUUGAAAUAAUUUAGAGAGCAAAUAAAUUGGUUAUUUUAAUGUUAAAU